UACGCAGAUCCCGCGUCUCUAACCGGUGGAAAGCGACAGACAGCCCCGCACAGUCCCUCUGCCGGCUGUCUCCACUUUCACUAGGACUUAGAGCGGGGGAGUGAGCGCGUAGAUCCCGAGAGGAUGCAGCGCCGGCUGUUGCCUGGGGGACCCGGGGGGCUCCACCUGCUCGUCUGCUUCUUGCUGUUGAACAGCUGUCCAGGGGGCUGCAGCGACAUUAGUGGCCACGAUUGUAAGAGCCAAGUAGGAGCAGAACAGCCCUGGCCCGUCCAAGGAUUUACUGCUUCAGUCUUCCGGCAGUUACAAGUCAUACUCCACCAAAUUGUACCUCAAGGUCUGUUUUGGAAGGAAGACACCACCCAGGAUGUGAUGAUCCAAAAGAUGAAGCACAUCAGCCUGCUUCACCCCCAAGAUGCAUGCAUGAAGGAUGGAAAGGCAGUUUUCCCCACUAAAACCACUGCAAUGAGGGGCAAGCAAGAGGAAAAGCUUCAACUCUUAUUUCCCAAGAGCCCAGUGUCCAAGUUGAACAGAGAUCAGUGCGUUACCUCCAAAGUGGUUCCAAAGGCCCUAAAACAAGAGGUGACCAAUCCCAUCAAGGAAUACUCUGGGCCACUUCCUACUGCAGGCCACAGCCUUGUUGCUGAUUGAGACCUCAUAUGAAGCUUUCCUUCCUCAGUGCCCUCACCAUUGCCCUUCAGAGGGGCAGAUCUUUGAUGACCCAAAUAUCAUUAAAAUGGACCUUUAUGUGA